CCGAAAUCGAUCAACAGUCCGAAACGGAAAGAUCUAAAGUAAACAAGCCAUCCAAGAUGCGAGCUGCCAUCGUGUUGGUCGUUGUGAUUUUCGCACUCCUCAGUGUCCUGGAGGCCGUGCCCGCUCCUCAGUUCGGAUACGGUGGCUACGGCGGAUACCCCGGCUACGGCGGAUUCGGAGGCGGAUACCCCGGCUACGGCGGCUUCGGUGGCGGAUUCCCCGGUGGCUUUAGGCGCGGCGGAUUCGGCGGAGCCAGUGCCUCGUCCUCGGCCUCGUCCUCGGCCUCCGCUGGCGGAUUCGGCGGUGGCUUCUACGGAUAGGAAGUCCAGUAGAUGAUUAAGCUUAAGCCUGUUCAAUUCAAAUAAACCAAAUCAAUAUUCUUGUGACUCCAA